AUGGAUCACGACUUCAAAACAAAGCUCGCGGCCGAAAGGGAGAAAGUGGAAGAUCUGUUCGAAUAUGAAGGUUGCAAAGUGGGUCGAGGCACCUACGGACAUGUUUAUAAAGCAAAGCGCAAAGACGGGAAGGACGAGAAGGAAUACGCACUGAAACAAAUUGAAGGCACUGGAAUAUCCAUGUCUGCAUGCAGGGAGAUCGCCUUGCUGAGGGAGCUGAAGCAUCCAAAUGUGAUCGCUCUACAGAAGGUGUUUCUGUCUCACAGUGACAGGAAGGUCUGGCUCCUCUUCGAUUACGCCGAGCAUGAUCUGUGGCACAUCAUCAAGUUCCACCGAGCCUCCAAGGCCAAUAAGAAGCCAAUGCAGCUGCCCAGAGGGAUGGUGAAAUCUCUCCUCUACCAGAUCCUGGAUGGGAUCCAUUACCUCCACGCCAACUGGGUCCUUCACAGAGAUCUGAAACCAGCUAAUAUCCUGGUCAUGGGAGAGGGACCUGAACGUGGCAGAGUCAAAAUCGCUGACAUGGGCUUUGCGAGACUCUUCAACUCUCCGCUCAAGCCGCUGGCGGAUUUGGACCCGGUGGUGGUCACGUUCUGGUAUCGGGCUCCAGAACUGCUGUUAGGGGCUCGGCAUUACACCAAAGCAAUCGACAUCUGGGCGAUCGGUUGCAUCUUUGCCGAGCUGCUUACAUCCGAACCCAUUUUUCACUGUCGUCAGGAAGACAUCAAGACCAGCAACCCUUUCCAUCACGACCAGCUGGACAGGAUAUUCAGCGUCAUGGGGUUCCCAGCAGAUAAAGACUGGGAGGACAUUCGGAAAAUGCCGGAAUACCCAACGCUCCAGAAAGACUUUCGGAGAACAACGUAUGCAAACAGCAGCCUCAUCAAAUACAUGGAGAAGCAUAAAGUCAAACCAGACAGCAAAGUUUUCCUGUUGCUCCAGAAACUGCUCACGAUGGAUCCCACCAAAAGGAUCACGUCUGAACAAGCCCUGCAGGAUGCAUACUUUCUGGAGGACCCUCUACCCACAUCUGACGUGUUUGCUGGAUGUCAGAUCCCUUACCCCAAGAGAGAGUUUCUCAAUGAAGAUGAGCCAGAGGAAAAAACAGAGAAGAACCAGACACAACAGCAUCAGCAAACGACUGCGCAGGGGCAGGGGCAGACGCAGGCGCAGGCACAGACACAGCAGCAGCAGGCUCCAUCCCAGCAGAGUUCUGCGCAGACCAAUGGCACGUCAGGGACCACGGGGACCAACACGGGACCUGGCAUCCAACACAGUCAGGACCAAGGACCUCCCAACAAAAAACCUCGUAUUGGACCCUCUGGAACCACCUCAGGCACUGGAGUCCUCCAGUCAGAGUACCAGCACUCCAGCUCUCGCCUUGGUUACCAAAGCAACGUCCAAGGUUCCACACAGUCCCAGAGCACCAUGGGAUACUCGUCUUCAUCCCAGCAAAGCUCCCAGUACUCUCACCAGUCCCAUCGAUACUGAGGCCAAGUCCAGAAUGUUUUACACAGCUUUGCAUCUCAGCGUCACUAAAGG